AUUCCCCUGUGAAAAGCUAAAGGCAGCCCCAUGUCUAUGUAUCAUCACCAGUAUUCAUUUGGAAUGUAUUAAUCUGCUGUAUGAAUGAGUUGGGUAGUUAUCCCAUAUACAUCUCGUCCUGAUUUUUAUUUUUCUUUCUGUUCUAAUUCAGCAUAAAUAGGCAUCGCACCUAGAACCCCUUUUACCAGCCAAUUACUUGUACGUAGUGGCUCUGUGCUGGUACUCCGAUCUCUAUAGAUGACACUUUCAUGUGCUGAAGUUCUGCUAUCUCUGUAGUAACUGCAGAUAGUGACAACUGGUCACGUUAUGCAACAAAAUCCACUGCAGCCUGUUCAAAUUGUAUUGCAUAUACCAAUGUCUCCACUGAUAAAACUGAUAGUGCACCCCAGCUUAUAAAGUAUUCCAACUUUUUGGAAUUUAUAUCAUUUAAGCUUUGGCACUGGUUUACUGUAUCAGCGAGGGUCUAUCCCACUCCUUCUUUAAUCAGGUUGGUGUAAUCGGGCACCUCAUCCAGUGCUGCAUGUUUUGGUUUUUUAUUUUUUUUUUAUUUUCUUGCCACCUGUAGUUUAAGUGUUUAAUAAUAUAGGUGUACUAAUAAGUUUUAUCGUGAUACAGCAUCUAUUAGUAUUAUUAUUGUUAUUAUUGUUAUCAUUGUUUAUGAUGUAAAAUAACAAGGGAAAGGGAGUUGGGAAUCUGACAGUGCAGGUUUUACUGAUAUCCAGGCUUCAGCACAGAUGCUUAAAUGAAAAUAACUGAGGAACUAAUUAAUUUGUGCUCAAGCCUGGAUAUCACGAAAACCCGGACUGUUAGUGUGCCUUGAGGGCCGAUGUUGGGAAUGCCUGAUCUACACAGAAGAAACCUAUUUUACACAAGGUGCCAUAGAAAUGUAUGACUGCAAUUAAGCAAUCGUGUGGUGCACGAUGCGACAUUGCCUGUGAUGGGACCCAGACCUCGGCAAGUGCAUACACACUUGCUGACAUCGGCGGCAGGGGGAGGAGCGUGGUUGGCCCUCAUAAGCAAGAUCGCAUGUUCCACAUGCGAUGCCGCAUGCGACCCAAGGUAGCGCGCAUCGUACCCUAUAUUGAGCGUACACACUAUACAAUAUUGUUAGGAACUGAACGAUUAUCAACCAGAUCGUAUGCGAUAUUGCAUAGUGUGUACACACCCUAUGAGCCUGAGCAAAUACACGUAGAUGAAAAGUGCAAAUGUCCUACUUGUGAUGUAAAUGGCAUAGCACUUGCACAGAGAACUCUACCUGUGAGUGCUAACAUUCAGCCUGGUUAGAAGUGGAUGCAAUGUCAUUACUGGAUGCAGCUGAGUGUUUUUUUAUUAUUUGCCUCUGUGCAUUGCCCAAUGACGCGUUGCAAUUAAUUAGCAUUAGCGCUCACAGAGAAAAUGUAUUCACAAAGUGAGUGACAAUAUGUUGGGAGAGGGUAGAAAAACGCAGACGUGACGGGACCAUUUUCUGGGCGUUCUGUAAACAGCAAGUUCGUUCGCAGCUGGAGAGGCAUCUGCGUCUUAGGUGAGAUGCAUUGGGUUGCUCCCUGGUCCGAUGGUCCCACUUAUGUACGUAUGUGAGUGGUCAUUGCGAGAUGCUGGCAGUGGGUGUGCACAAGACGGUGACUGAGCCAUUAGUAUGUUUUGGCAGGUACCCUGCAUGCACCUUUUAAUCGGGCCCAUUGUAGAAUUUUUUUGAAACACAGAGAAGUGAACAAAAAAAAACCAAAGCAAGAUAGGCCAUUUUAUUUUAGAUACAGAUUGGUACAAUCAUCCACCAUUGUGUAUGACCUAUUCAUUAACAGUUCAUGUUGUUAAGUUUCCAAUUUUAUAUUAUUUUAUUCUCCAUUUGAAGUGUACUUCUCCCAUCAGAAGACAUAUGAUCUUAUAUCGUCUGCUGUAUCUUGAUACCCGCAUCUCUGGCUGCUGUUACCCUGCUCUGCCUUCUGCUAGUCUUCCACUGCCUGUUGCAACGCUCAUUGCUGUACGUAAUCAGCAGCUAUAGAUAGAAAGCCAAAAGCUCCUUACCGCAGAGAAACCUCUUACCAGUCACUUUCCACAAAUGGUACAGGGAAAGGGUCUUAAUGAAAAUCCCUUAGUAGUAUUUAAUGCUAAUUCAGUUGCCGGGCCCUGUGUCAGUUCCUGAGGAGGAAGAGAGUCACAAGAAGAGAGAGGUGGAAGUCAUCCAUCCCGUGACCUCUGUCCCGGCAGAGUGUUCCUCUCCUACUAGCUAAGUCCCGGAGGCAGCAGCCAUGUGUGACAUGGGAGGACUAGAUAAUCUGAUAGCCAACACUGCUUACCUGCAGGCCAGGAAAAGCAGUGAGGGAGACCUGAAAGAGUUGCAGAAGAGGCGAAAGAGCCUGUCUCUGCCUCCCACGGACGUUUGUCGCAAGGAGAUAAAAGACAGCAUUACCGUGGACUAUCAGACCAUCUGUGUGGAUCAGCCAAUUGGCCGGCAACUAUUUAAAGACUUUCUAAACACAGUGCCGGAAUACCUGCUGGCUCAAAGUUUCCUGAAUGAAGUGACUGAUUGGGAACUGGAGGAGGGCUCGGUUAAGGAGAAACUAUUACAGAGUUUGGUGAGCAAAAGGUUCAAAGAAAAGUCUGAGGAUUGCCUUCCUUUCCUGAGUGCAGAUCUUUCCAAGCAAAUCAGGCAGGCACAGGGUAGUAAUGUCCUACCACUGCUUCAGCUUGCCAAGGAGGAGACCAAUGCUUACCUCAGGAAUACCCCUUUCCAGGACUACCAGAACAGUGAGUUCUAUGACCGAUUCCUCCAGUGGAAAGCCUUUGAGAGACAACCAAUCACCCACAAAUACUUCUAUGAAUUCAGGGUGCUGGGAAAAGGAGGCUUUGGAGAGGUGUGUGCCAUCCAAGUGAAGACCACAGGUCAGAUGUAUGCUUGCAAAAAGCUGGACAAGAAACGACUUAAGAAGAAGAAUGGGGAGAAAAUGGCUUUGCUGGAGAAGGAGAUCUUGGAAAUGGUUCAUAGUCCCUUCAUAGUCUCUCUGGCCUACGCAUACGAGACUAAAACCCACCUGUGCCUAGCGAUGACCCUUAUGAAUGGAGGUGACCUCAAGUUCCAUAUCUAUAAUAUUGGAGAGAAAGGUUUGGAGAUGAGUAGGGUGAUAUUUUACUCUGCUCAGAUCUGCUGUGGGAUCUUGCACCUUCACUCUCUAAAAAUUCUCUACCGAGACAUGAAGCCUGAGAAUGUUCUGCUAGAUGACAAUGGCAACUGCCGUCUCUCUGACUUGGGACUUGCUGUUAAAGUAGUAGAAGGAAAAGCCAUCACAAGUCGGGCUGGAACUAACGGUUACAUGGCACCAGAGAUCCUGAAGGACGAGAAUUAUUCCUACCCUGUUGACUGGUUUGCAAUGGGCUGCAGUGUAUUUGAGAUGGUUACAGGCUAUACACCAUUCAAAGACCCCAAGGAUAAGCUGACCAAGGAUGAUGUGAAGCGUAAGACAUUGGAGGAUGAGGUCGUAUUCAACCAUCCAAAAUUCACAGCUGAGUCAAAAGACAUUUGUAAACUAUUUCUAGCCAAGAAACCUGAGAACCGGUUGGGCAGCAGGACCAAUGACGAUGACCCAAGGAAACAUUCGUUCUUCAAAUCCAUAAACUUUAAUAGACUGGAGGCAGGAAUGGUGGACCCACCAUUUGUUCCAGACCCGUCUGUGGUCUAUGCCAAAGACAUUGCAGAUAUAGCUGACUUCUCUGAGAUCCGAGGGAUUGAAUUCGAUGACAAAGACGCCGUGUACUUCAAAAGGUUUGCCACUGGCGCUGUGCCAAUUAGCUGGCAGGAGGAGAUCAUCGAGACAGGACUGUUUGCUGAGCUGAAUGACCCAAACAGGAAAAGCACUGGGAAAUACAUGAAUAGCAGUGGUGAGAAGAAGUCCGGAGUCUGUUCCAUAAUAUAGCUGGCAACCCACACAUAAACCAGGGGCAGAAUGGGACAUAUUGAAACAUGAGCAGCUUCCUACAACAAGACUAUUUUCAAUGCUGGAAAACAUUGUGCAAGAGACUGCCUACAACAUGUGGCUCCAUGCAACAUAGAUAACACCAAGAAUAUCCAAUCAGCAGUCAUUUUGAAGAUGUAUAUUUUGGAAAACUUUACCAAACCCUUGUGUGUCUCAUUGUGAUGCUUCCUUGUACACAAAAACACCCACACUCAUAUAUUUAUCACAAACAUUUGUUUGUUAUUUUGUUUUUUUAUUAUUAAAGGAAGGAAGCUUAAGAACA